AUGUGUCCCCCCGCGAUCAUAGCCCCCUCCAUCCUCAGCGCUGAUUUCGCUACCCUCGGCCAGGAAUGCUCGACCAAGAUGGCCGAGGGGUCCGACUGGCUUCAUGUCGAUAUCAUGGACGGUCAUUUUGUCCCCAACAUCACCUUUGGAGCUCCUGUUGUCACCAAGAUCCGUUCGCAUGUUAGCCGGCCGACGCAGCCCCAGGGCCGGGGCACCUUUGACUGCCACAUGAUGAUCGCGGAGCCGCAUAAAUGGGUUAGGGAAUUCAAGAAGGCCGGCUGCGAUCUGUACUGCUUCCACUACGAGGCCGCCGUCAAUUCCGCCGCCGGCACCGAGCCCGCAGACACCACCACCCGUCCCACGAGUCCCCGCGAACUGAUCCGGUUUAUCCACGAUGAAGGCAUGCAGGCCGGUAUCGCUAUUAAGCCCGAUACACCAGUCGACGUGCUUUGGGAUAUCCUGGCUGCCGAGGAUGAGAAGGAUCGCCCGGAUAUGGUGUUGAUCAUGACGGUCUACCCGGGUUUUGGAGGCCAGAAAUUCAUGGCGUCGGAACUGCCCAAGGUCAAGGCCCUGCGCGAACGCUACCCCAACCUCAACAUCGAAGUCGACGGCGGACUGGGUCUCGGGACUAUCGACCAAGCUGCGGAAGCGGGCGCCAAUGUCAUUGUCGCCGGAUCGGCCGUUUUUGGCGCUGAGAACCCGGGCGAUGUCAUUGCCAAGUUGCGCGAGACCGUCAACAAGUACAGCAAGGCGUCGCUUUGA